AAUCUGAAGAUAUCUACGAAAUCGUGAUGAUUAAGUGUAAUUUUGUAUAGUCAACGUGAUUAGCUGUGUUAUUGGAAUAAGUUGUGCGAAUUAUUUCCGAAAUAGUGCUUUAUUUGUGACAACCGCGCUUCUUGCGGCAUUUUUUCGAUUAUUUUCGUUAUUUGCAUAGUUCGACAGAUAUUCCUAAUUUUUGAGUAUAAUUUAGCUAAUACGCUACUUGUUUGUUCUUUCAUUAAUUUUUUUACAGCGAAUAAUUGCAUCAAUCAAAAAACUAAGAGACAUAAUGCCAGAACUAACAGAGUUAGACAAAGCUACUGCUUCAAUGACAGAGAAGCGCAAGGAGGAGACUGCAUCAUCAGACAGUGAUUCUGAUGACACCAUCCCAGAGUUGGAGGAUGCAGGAGCACCAGGUGCUGGAGGUAUCACAAACCCAAUUGCUGGCAUUGAUAUUGUAUCAAAGGCCAAGCAGUCACGCGGUGAGAAAAAGGCGCGUAAAAUUAUGAGCAAACUUGGACUUAAGCCUGUGCAAGGGGUCAACAGGGUGACGAUCAGGAAAUCAAAGAACAUCCUAUUUGUGAUUAACUCACCAGAUGUAUACAAAAACCCUCAUUCCGACACAUACAUUGUGUUUGGUGAAGCCAAGAUUGAGGAUCUAUCUCAGCAGGCAACCAUGGCCGCGGCGGAAAGGUUCAAGGCGCCAGAGACACAAGCCGCGGGCAACGAUGCCGCAACCGCUGGCACUACGGUAGCGCCAAUCGCGGAAGAGGAAGACGAGGAAUGUGUAGACGAGACCGAGAUCGACGAGAAGGAUGUCGAGAUAGUUAUGGCGCAAGCCAACGUUUCUCGAGCGAAGGCGGUUCGAGCCCUGAAGAAUAACCAGUCCGACAUCGUAAACGCUAUAAUGGAGCUGACAAUGUAAGGAGGUGGACAUAGUCACAAGAGUUAUUUUAUGUACCUAGUUUUAAGAUGGUUGCUAUAGAAAGUGAAACGGCUGAUGUCUGUCUCUCCCACACCAGUAUAUAUCCGCCAAUUUAAGUCAAUCUCAAGAAAUGAGAAAAUAAAAUUGUUAUUUGAACGAUUAUGGGAUUGUAUAUAGAAUUAAUAUUUACUUUAAAAUACAAUAAAGUAUUCUAAACUUUUGUUUUUUUUCGUUCCUAAAGAUGUUUGGACUUAUGGAAAACUUUUGCUUUUAUCAAAAUUGGUUCAAGACUUUCUCUAGAUAUGUGCCUUCCUGUUGCUGGAGAUUAAUAAACGGUGUUGUCUAUACUAAUAAUCCAUUAAUAAAGCUGAAA